ACAUUUGACAUUGAAUAAGAUGAGAAUAUUUUUGGCUAUAAAAAGGGUGUUCAUGUCAAUAUUUUCUAGACCACCAAAUUAAAACAGUGCCAGCCUCAAAAAGAUAGGAUCUGUCUGCUAUUAUUGUCUGUUUAGUUUUUGUGUUUGUCAUUUUAUUACUACAACAAUAUAAUGACUAUUCCGGUGAUUGAUUUCUCAAAGCUUGGAGAGGAAAGAACCCAAACUUUGGCUCAGAUUUCCAAAGGCUGUGAAGAAUGGGGAUUUUUUCAGUUGGUGAAUCAUGGGAUACCAGUGGAGCUGCUUGAGAGGGUGAAGAAAGUGUGUGCAGAAUGCUUUAAGCUGGAAAGAGAAGAGGCUUUCAAGAAUUCAACACCAGUCAAGUUGCUUAAUGAGCUAGCGGAGACCAAGAAGAAUGGCAAUUAUAAGGUUGAAAAUGUGGAUUGGGAAGAUGUCUUCCUUCUCACUGAUGACAAUCAAUGGCCCUCCAACACUCCUCAAUUCAAGUGAGCAUCAAUUUUAUUCACUAUAAUUACAAAACUAUUUUUAUCACAUUAGGAGGUCACGAGUUCCAACCGUGGAAACAGCCUCUUGCAGGGUAAGGCUGCGUACAAUAGACCCUUGUGGUCCGACCCUUCCCCUGACAUGGGUGCACCGGGCUGCCCUUUAUUAUAACAAUAAGGUCACACUUUUUUUUGUCACAUUAAAGUACUGAACUUUAUCCUAUAUAACAGUAAAGUCAUGUUGAUGGUAUGUUUUAUCAUCAUAGCGGGUAAAAUUUAGCUAAUCUGAUGUGACAAACAAUAAUUUUGUGACUUUACUGUAGCAAUUGGAAAAGUUCAAUGGCCAAUUUGAAACUAAUUCAGAAAAUUAUUGCAAGAUAACUAUUGGA